UACGGCAGCUCCAUGUGGAGGGAGUCACGUUGACUUCGGAGUGGAGAUUCAUUUCGUCAAGAAAAUGAGCGUAUUUAUUUUUAUUAGCUUAAAUAUAGUGUCACAUGAGCGUUUGUGAGUUUUAAUUACAUUUGACAGCUCGACAUCAAGCUGAAUUAUGGGGAAAUCAAAGACCAAGAACCAGAAGAAAGCCCAGAUAAAAGCCAGCCAGGAGGCCGAGGAGGCUUACUCGUCUGUGCCCCACACUUUGGUGUUUCAUCGAGGCCAGGUUGGAAAAAACGUGGGUCAGCUCAUCGCGGAUGUCCGGAGAGUCAUGGAGCCCUACACUGCAGUCGCUCUCAAGGUUAGGAAAAAGAAUGUGCUCAAAGACUUUGUUGCGGUAGCAGGACCACUGGGAGUGACGCACUUUACCAUCUUCAGCAAAACACCCACCAGUAUCAGCAUGAGAGUUGCUCGACUUCCCAAAGGUCCCACGCUUCAUUUCCAGGUCCUCAAGUACUGUCUUAUCAAAGACGUGAUUUCAUCCCUGAAGAAGCACCGGAUGCAUGAGCAGCAGUUCAAGUAUCAUCCACUACUCAUCCUCAAUAACUUUGGACAAGAUGGCAUGCAUAUCAAACUCAUGGCCACCAUGUUCCAAAACAUGUUUCCUUCCAUAAAUGUGCACAGGGUAAGCCUUAACUGCAUCAAGAGGUGUGUGCUGUUGAACUACAACCCCGAGUCUGAGGAAAUUGAAUUUCGACAUUACAGCCUGAAGGUGGUCCCUGUGGGAGUGAGCCGUGGAGUCAAGAAGCUGAUGCAGGAGAAGUUCCCAAAUAUGAACAAGUUUGAGGAUAUCAGUGAGCUCCUGUUGAAGGGGGUGAACCUCUCAGAAAGUGAAGCUGAGCAAGAUGAGGAGCAGAAUGUAACUCAGCUUCCACAGGUGUACUCUGGAAGAGGCAACAUGGCAUCCCAGCAGAGCGCCAUCCGCUUGACAGAAAUUGGUCCUCGCAUGACUCUGCAGUUAAUGAAGAUUCAAGAAGGAAUGAGCGAGGGGAAUGUCCUUUAUCACUCUAUGAUCUCCAAGACAGAAGAAGAAAUACAGGAGAUCUUGAAGAGGAAGGAGGCCAAGAUCAAAGAGAAGGAGGAACGCCGGAAAAAGCAGGAGCAGAACAUUGCUCAGAAGAAAGAGAAAAAAGAGGAGCACAAGAAAAAGAGCCUGGAAGGCAUUAAGAGGAAACGUGCUGAAGCUGAGGAGGACAGUGAGGUGGAGGAUCCCGGGGUGCAGGGUGAUCAGGCAGCUGAUGCUGAGUCUGAUGAUGAGGCAGAGUACUACAGACAGGCUGUAGGAGAGGAGCCAGAAGAAGGCAUGUUUCCAAGUGUCAAGAAGAGGAGGAGAUCAGAAAAGUCUCAUGUGCCUGCUAAGAAGAGGAAGUUGUCUCCUGGUGAAUCUUUAAAAGGCAGAGGUUCCAAGGCACCAGGGCGAAAAGUUCCAGGAGGACAGCACAGGGACAAAACAGGGAAAAAACAACAGAAAGGAGGAUGGAAGAAAUCCAGGGAUGGGGAGAAAUCCUUUGGAAAGAAAAAGUCAACAGGAAAGGCAUUUCCAGCAAAGACAUCCAGAGGGCUGGAAAAUAAAUUCGGUGGGAAAAAUAAGAAAAACAAGGACAGACCAUUCAAGUCUAAAAAUCAGAAGGGCAAUAAGAGCGGAGCAAAAAGAAAGCAAGGCUUCACACAGAGGAAGGGAAAGGAUAAGCAUGGUACUUCAGGGGCGUUUCACGCUUUCUGCAUAUGCCACGCAGAGAUCAGCUCUCGGGUCAUAACAGAAUUGUGCGGCAGCCUUGCGGUCUUGGACAGUUCAUACUGUGCUACUAACAAUAGAAACAUGACAAAAAACAUAAACUUCACAGUGUGCGAGACGUUUCAAACAGGCUUGUUGCCCGCUGUGUACGGAGUUGAAUUCGUCGUGGCUCUGGCGGGAAAUCUGUUUGCCCUGUGGCUGCUGAGGGUCAAAGAGAGAAGAAACUGGCACACUGGUGUCGUCCUGUCGUGUAACUUGGCCAUCAGCGACCUGCUGUACGUCCUCACCCUGCCUUUGUUGAUGGUCUACUAUUCACGGGACAAACACUGGCAGUUCGGCGAUGCUGUGUGCAAACUGGAGAAGUUUCUCUUCACCUGCAACUUAUACGUGAGCAUCUUCUUCAUCAUGGCGAUAAGUGUGAACCGAUGUGUGGCCCUCGCUUGUCCGUUUUUUACGCGCUCUUAUAUAACGCCUACUCACGCCAAGGUCACCAGUGUCAUCAUAUGGGUCAUCGUAGGAGUCAUUUCAAGCCCCGUGUUGAAAUUUGCCUCGGUUUGCACCAAUGAGUCCAGUCACAAGAUUCAGUGCGUGUCCUUCUGCAACAAGACUUCUGAACAGCCUCACUACUCUUAUAAAUUUUUUCUUUCUGUCUUUGGGUGUCUGCUUCCCUUUCUGGUCACUUUCACUUCUUACUGUGUGGUGAUUUGGGUAGUUGUAAAAAAUAGCAGCAUAACUGCACUUGAGAAACGCAAAGUCGCCCUAUUGGUCGCAUCAGUGAUCGUACUGUACGCCAUUUCCUUCAUCCCUUAUCAUGUCCUUCAGAUGUAUCACUUGUACGUAAGAUUGUGGCAUCCUGACACAGCAUUCUGCUGGAUCUACCAUAUGUACCAGGUGUCAAAGGGGGUGGCAACUUUAAACAUGUGUAUCCAUCCGGUGCUUUACAUGGCUGUGUUUGACAGUAUAAGAGUGGCGUGUUGUGGAAAGAGCCAAGAGGACAACAUCAGCGGGUGAUGAGGAAGUAGGGCUGCUCUUUUUUGGCUUUUU